AUGCUGCCGACUCGGUCCCAUCAUAGUACCAUUGCCAAACUUGUCUUGUCCCUGGCCCCCAUUCUCUCACAGGCCAUCCCCAUUGAGGUACAUCCAAUAAAGCGGCUGUUAGCUUCAGAUAUAUUGGAUAUUCCGAGCGUUCCGACAGAGGAACCGUUGUCUCGAUCGCAGUUUUACAUAUAUGCAAUCACUUCUAGUACGUUGGUGAUUCUCGGUGGGGUGUUUGCAGGCUUGACCAUUGGAUUGAUGGGCCAGGAUGAAGUCUAUUUGAAGGUUAUUUCCUCCUCAGGUACCGAAUCAGAGAAAAAAUGUUCAAAGAAGGUUCUACAAUUAUUGGAUAGAGGGAAACACUGGCUAUUGGUUACCUUGUUGUUAUCUAAUGUCAUUACCAAUGAAACUUUGCCGGUGAUUUUGGAUCGAUUAUUUGGUGGUGGAUUGGUGGCUGUUUUUUCCUCAACUGUUGCUAUUGUCAUUUUCGGUGAAAUUAUCCCCCAAUCUAUUUGUGUCAGGUACGGUUUAGAACUUGGUGCCUUUUUCGCCCCAUACGUUCUGGUGUUGAUGUACAUCAUGUACCCUGUAGCAUACCCAAUUGCUAAAUUGUUGGACCAUAUUCUAGGACAAGAUCAUGGAACCCUUUAUAGAAAGAGUGGUUUGAAAUCCUUGGUCACUUUACAUCAUACCAUGGGUACAGAACGUUUGAACAUCGACGAGGUAACAAUCAUCUCCGCCGUUUUGGACUUGAAGGCCAAACCAGUCUCUGAGAUCAUGACACCAAUCCAAAAGGUCUACACUUUACCAUCGGAUAGAAUCUUGGAUGAGGAAACAAUAGAUGAGAUUUUCAAUGCUGGGUUCUCGAGAAUACCAAUCCAUUUCCCUGGGGAACCAUAUAAUUUUGUUGGUAUGUUAUUAGUUCGAAUUUUAAUCAGUUAUGAUCCGGAAGAUUCGUUACCAAUUUCCUCGUUCCCAUUGGCAACAUUACCAGAGACUUCCUUGAACACCUCUUGUUUGAACAUUUUGAAUUAUUUCCAAGAGGGCAAGUCGCAUAUGGUUGUCGUUAGUGAAACUCCUGGCAAAGAUACCGGUGCCAAGGGUAUACUAACUUUAGAAGAUGUCAUUGAGGAAUUGAUUGGUGAAGAAAUUGUCGAUGAAACUGACGUGUAUAUAGAUGUCAACAAAAAGAUAAAGAGGGAAAUCCCAGGACCCUUAUCAAAGAGAAAUAUAAAUUCAUACCUGCACCAUUUGUACAAAUCUUCAAGUAAGCGCUCAUCAAUAGACAAUGAAGAGCGCCGCAGCCUGAAUAAUGGACACCCGACGUAUAUCACCAAAGACAGCUAUAAGAAUGGACUUGCAGCAGUAAAGCCAGCAAUGAAACCAAGUAAUUUGGCUGCAGAUCCAUUGAAAACUUCAAAUACUCAUAUCAAAAUAAAAAAGCUGCCUGACUUAUUGACUCCACAGGGGAUGUCGCCGAAUAUACCCUCUGCAAUUGCAUCUCACUCUAAACCAAAUGAAAGGGACUCUCUUUCUCCCGGUAAAACAUUAUCCCACGAAUACGGAACAUCCUCAGUCGGACCCUUGGUGAACAACGGGGAAGUUCCCAAAGUUCUAAAUUCUGAGGCUGCAGCUCUUGUUCAUGGUAUUUACGACAAUGCUUCAAGGCAUACAGAUAAGUGUGAAAGCCGUGAAAAUUGUGAAUUUAAUGGGAGUCCAGCUACAGAUGCAGCAAAGAGACUGGCUUUGAAUGCCUCUUAUGGAAUUCCAGUACCUAAAAACGUAGAUCCUCGGGAUGACCACAGCGACGACAACAAUUCAAGAUCUGGUAGUACUGGUGGGAUUUUAGUCGAAGACAAUAUAGUCUCUCUUAAAGGUGUAAACAAAACAAUCAUCCACGAUGGUACUUGGAACAUGGAGAAUGUCUGA